UGCUACACCAAUGGAAGAGGCGGCCCCCUCCUCCCCGUUGGACCGGAGCUUGCGCGCGGGAGCCCGAGCCAGCCGCCCCGCUUUGACCGUUAAAUAGCAGGAGGAGCUCCGGGCUUGGACUGGGCACUGGAGGAAGGGGCAAGGAAGGGAAGGGAAGGGAAGGGAAGGGAGGAGGGAUGGUUUGGUGCUGCGGCUUCGGCUGCGGCCCGGCGGUCGCCGCGGGAGACGAGGUCCGGCUGCCGGAGCCGUUCCAGCUGCCGGCGCCCUUGCCCGACUGGCCGCAAGGAGGGGAUUUCUCUAAGGGCACAAUAUGCAUAGGCGAGCUCGAGGUUGCAAGUAUCACUGAAUUUCAGAGUAUAUGGAGCUGCUCAGGAGCUACAUUCUAUGAGCCACAAGAAGUUCCUGAUGGUUUCUACUGCCUUGGUCAUUAUGCCCAACAGAAUGACCGGCCACUACAGGGAUUUCUUCUUGUGGCAAGGGAAGCAGCUAGUUUGCAAUCAAUCGAUCACAGGCCUCCUCUUGAGAAACCUUUAAAUUACACCCUUGUUUGGACUAGUGCUGACUUGAGUGAUGAUGACAAUAGUGAGUGUGGUUGCUUCUGGUCACCGUCCCCACCGGAUGGGUAUGAAGCUCUCGGCUAUGUGGUUACUAGAGGACCGAAGAAACCUUCAUUAGAAGCAGUUCGAUGUGUGCGGGGUGACCUCACAGAUGAGUGUGAAAACUUUAAGUCAAUCGCAAAUAUGGGAGGUAAUUGCUACAUCUGGAAUACAAGGCCUUGCCACCGAGGGGUGGCAGGAAGAGGGAUACCUGUUGGUGCAUUCUUCUGUGGAACAGAUUCAGAGGAAUCAGACAUUCCCUGCUUGAAGAACUUUGACUCAGAUUUGAGAUCCAUGCCUAAUUUAGAGCAGAUCAAAGCACUGAUCGAGCACUAUGGCCCAACUGUUUUCUUCCACCCACAAGAGAUCUACUUACCAUCGUCAGUCUCUUGGUUCUUUAAUAAUGGAGCUAUGCUCCAUAAGAAAGGUAAAGAAACGGGAGAUGUAAUUCUUUCUAGUGGCUCAAACCUUCCUGCUGGUGGUACAAAUGAUGGUGAGUACUGGAUCGAUCUUCCUGAUGAUGAUCGGAAUGAACAUGUCAAAGUUGGCAAUCUGAAGAGUGCUGAGCUCUAUGCUCAUAUCAAGCUGGCUUAUGGAGGAACCUUCACUGACAUUGCAAUGUGGGUGUUCUGCCCAUUUAAUGGUCCAGCAACUAUUAAGGUUGGAUUCGCUAGCUUUGCUCUACAGAAAGUUGGUAGGCAUACUGGAGACUGGGAGCAUUUCACCCUCCGUAUAAGUAACUUCUCAGGAUUACUCUCAUCUAUCUACUUCUCACAGCACAGUGGUGGCGAAUGGGUGGAUGCUUGCGAUUUGGAGUUCAUCUCAGGAAACAAAGCCAUUGUUUACUCGGCGAAGGAUGGCCACGCAAGCUAUCCGCACCCUGGUUGUUAUCUACUGGGAUCUGAGAAGGCUGGUGUUGGGGUAAGAAACGACGCAGCACGAAGCGAUCUUUCAGUCGAUUCGAGCACAAGGUAUAAGAUCAUCUCUGCUGGCCAUCUGGGAGAUGCCGUUGUUGAGCCAUGCUGGCUGCAGUACAUGAGAGAAUGGGGCCCGACCGUGGAAUAUAACUCAAGGACGGAGAUAGACGCUGUGCUGAGCUUCCUGCCAUUCUUUCUUCGGUUCACAGCUGAAGCAAUACUGAACAGUCUUCCAGUGGAACUGUACGAGGAGGAAGGGCCGACUGGACCAAAGGAGAAAAACAACUGGGAAGGCGACGAGAGAGGCUAGAAUAUGUUGCCACCUUCAAAUAUAUGCUUCAGGGAUUCGUUUCAGAUAUAGCUCUGUAAGUCUGUAUGUACCCUAAGGGUGCUGUAAUAGUAGUAAUAUUUGAGAUUGAACGAUCUAUAUGCUUUGCCAAGGCAUUUCAGUUCAUGAGUUUGUAGUACAUGAAAUGCUUGCAAAGAUGGUGGUCACAGAGGUAAUCCCAUAAUGAUGUCAUGUUUAAUCACCUUGGCA